UUUUCUAGCUUCGUAACUUCAGAAUCCAGCAAAAAACUACUGACGGCGGCAAACACAAAUUUUGAUAAAGAUGGAAAAAGUCAGCAAGUAUGAAAUAUCCCCCUUGAUUGCCAUUCUCAACAUGAUAAAGGUCAACUACUUUGGAGAAACAGAAAUUUACAAAACACUUCUAGCAGUUCUUUGCGAUUAUGAUACCAGAAAUCUAAUCAAUAAAGAAAAGACCAAGCACUACAUCCAGUUGUUACUGGCUGACCAACAGGACCUGGCCAAAAGUCUCAUCACCUUCCUUCCUGGGGAGCCAAAUGCUGACGACAUCCCUCUAGGCCAAAGUCCCAUUACCAACACAACCACAGUUAAUCUAAAAAGGCAUAAAAAGAGCAGGCAUAAAGCUAAAAAGAAAAGUAAACACAAGUCAAAACAGUCCAACAUAAGGUGUAGAGUGGUGUUACAGCCUCCUUAUUUAGCUACACCACCGAAGGCAAGUGACAGUUCUGUGGCAGACCUCACAACUGGAACACCAACAACAGUCAACAAGUAUGCUACAUCAGAAGCGUCCAUAACACCCGCUCCAACAAAAGAUUCAGUUUCUCCACUGACAUCAUUUCCAGAGGAGGUUUGCAACACCCAAAACCUUUCAUCCCGAUGUGAUUCUGAGGUAAUUCAUUCUGAAAGCAUUAGAAGCAAAAGUCCGAUCUUUUCUAACAGCAAUGCAAAGCCUGUGGUAAUAACCACUGCUGUGAAUAAUGACAGUAAAUGUUAUCCCAUGCCUUUUUCCAUGUAUGACAGCUGUGGCUUUCCGCUGAAGAACUUCCGUGAAACUGGCCAAAAGUUAUCACCACUUGUAAGUCACAGGCAAACAUCUGUCAGUGCUGCAGAUAUUGGUACACACAUGACAAUGCCACUGGAAAGUAUUUCUCAGCAAAUUAUACCUGAAACCAAAAUGUCUGAAUUGCCAAGUCUAACGUCUGUGUUCCUCAACAAGCCUGGCAAUAGCUGUACUCUACCAUCAGCAGUUCAACCAUACCACAGUGCUUCAAGAAUGCUGCCACUAUAUAACCUUAGUAGAAACCUCCCUAGAAUGGGCGAUCAGGUAACCUAUUCAACUUCAUCUCAUGAACCACACAUGAACUCUGGACUUGAACAUCCCUCACUUAGCAAUAAUUGUGUAUCCGUUUCCCAUAGAACAGAGCCUACAGUUCCUGUUCAAGCAACGCUGCCAUACAAAGCUUUCACGGAUACUUGUCUUCCCCACAACUUCAUCCACAAACCAGAGGCUCUGUUACCAGGUCAAACUCCAAAGGCUUACAAUCCAGUUCAAUGGGCAACAAGGUUUGAGCACUUCUCUGCCAUGACAGUCGGGCGGACAUUCCACAACAAUGCUACAGGUCAUCUCCAGCCUCCACCUGUUUCCCAGUUAACAUGUACCACUGGUCACGCUUCCCAAAACCCUCCUGUUCCACAUCUGUACACACUGCCUAAAACAUCAGCACAAGUGCCAUUUAUCCCCAGUCAGGUGGAACAACAUGUGGCACAGCUAUCCCAUGCCAAGAGUCCUCUACACUACACUAUGGCUCAAACAUCUCAUUCAGCUGGUAAAAAGAUCUUCCUGGGAACAAAUUCAAAUCUCUCUGCAUUCCCAUACACUAGGCAGAUGGUUCUCCCAGACGGUCAGACACAAAAUCUGUAUUUAAAGAGAUCAUCAAUCAACAUACCCGACAUUAAUGUGACAUCUGAUAUUGACAAUGCACAGACUAGUAGAGCAACGGGAUCAGGCAACAGUUUCCUAGAAGAUCCUAAACAGGGAAACACAAAUGUUCCACAAGUUCCGCUCCAGAAUGUGAGGGAUGUGAAUAUAGGUGUACCAAGGACUGUAUCAGCAGACUGUAGCAUGCUGCAGCAGAUCGGAGACGCUAAACAAAGCCUCCAAGCUCCAGUGCCCUUCUUUAUAGCAGACCCUCGUAUGUCCCAACUUCAACAUCCAGAAAAUAUGGAUUUAUUAGGAGGUCGAGGGGAUGCAAACAUCCUGGAAGCUUUGCCAAAGCCAAGGAAGGUUACUAUGUCGGCCAACUCAAGUGUCAGGAAAAAGCUGAGGUUAACACCCAAGGUUUCUAAACAUCAAGCAAAUAAGGUUUUGUUUUGAAAUUGGAUUUUAUAGAAAGAUGAUAAACAUUACAGAUUUUUAGGUAAGGUUCUUGAAUGCAAAAUAUUUUAUCAUUUGUUAUUUAUCUUCACAUGAUGUUAGGGUUACUUCACAUUGUGAGCAACAUGUUAAAAGUUCAAGUAUUUAUCAUGAAUUCCAAGUGUUCAAGAGAGUUCUGAUUAAAUUUAUCUGUGUAUUUUUAUUAUGUUUUUAAGGGUGUAUUUAUAUAUGUACAACAUGUAUUUAUAAUCUACUUUUUCAAAUGUACUGAGUGUCUUAAAAAAUAAUAAUUCAUGUUUCACUAUUCAUUAAAUAUCACUCCAACCAACAAAUGAAAUAAUAAUUUUGAGUUAAUACAGCUUAACCCUUUCACCACUGUAGACCAUAAUGGACCCCUCCAUAUCAAUGCAUGGUACUGGUAGAGUCUACUAAAGUUACAUAGGGGGAAAGGGUUAUGAAUGUUUACUGCGUAGACAUGAAAUACCAGGUAUGCAUAUUUUUUUUAUGGAAAAUGUUCACCAAUUGUAAUUGCUCAAUGACAUUUGCCAGUUAUUCAAUUUCUAUUGUCAUUUACUACUUUCCAUCAAAUACCUCUGAAGUUUAUACCUUGCAUUUGGUAAGUUUCAAUGAAUGUGUUCAUGGACACUUUAUGCAUAAUUUGAUGCUAGUGCAGUUUUGAUGUUCUGUCAAAUGAUGAGGAAAUGCACCAAAAAUAGAAACCUGCAGAAAUGGCAGUUGGCAAAUGGUAUUGAGGGUUCUGUUAAUUCAUGCAGAAAAAAAGAGUUUGCCUAUUUCAAAAUAUAGCAUUUUCAGGAAGCAAUCCUGUCUGAUCUGCAAAUGUCAAUGCAUUUUUUGAAAGUCUGUCAUGACUCCUCAGAAAGCAACAUUAGGGCAGCCCCUAUGUCAUACAUAAUGGUCCAACAGGUCAAACUUUUUUGAAUGCAAUGAACGAAAGCAGUCAAGUUUUUGACAUAUGGCAAUUAGCAAAAAGCAAUUAACUUGGCAGUGAACAAAAUUAAUGACAAUUUGAUAGAUUUUUUUUUAAAUAGAAAUGGCAAAA